AUGACUCGUGUGAUCAUCAAAAUCACUUGCGGUCACGGCAGGAACGUGACGCUGACUCCCGAGGUAGACAGUCAGGUGUCUAGUACAGUGGAGGGGGGAGGUGUAGCCAGUGGUUCACGAGUCUCAGCCCCCACAGACGACACAUUGCCCAAGACCACUGCGGCGCCUGUCAAUGUUAUACCCCCCACUACAUUUGUGUGUCUACCUUCCAUCAACCCAGUGACAUCUGCUCCGCCACAUCAACCCCCGCCACAAGGAGUGGUUAGUUCAUCUGCUGUACCCUACCUAGCCUUGACUACCACAACAGCUGUACGAGCACUGCCCACGAAGCCUAAGCCCAGUUCUGGUGGAUCGGGUGGCAGAUCGUCUCGUAAUGUGUCCAGUAAACCUCCGCCAGGAGCCGUCAACCUGGAGCGGAGCUAUCAGAUAUGUCAGGCUGUUAUACAGAACAGUCCUAACAGAGACCAGCUGCGGUGUCAGCUUAAACCUCCACCAUCACUGCUCAUCGGCAAAACUGACAAGACGCAGUACAGCGUGGUAACGUCGUCGCGAGGAGCCAAGGUGCUGGCAGGCAAGCAGAGGACAUACCAACAGAGGCCAACAGCCCCAGUGUUAGUCAAACAUGUGUUCACUUCAUCACAGGGCAUUCCUGUAACCAUGGCUGUACUGCCUCACACGCAGCCCGCCAACAACCCUGAGGUUGCAGAAAGUCAGAUGGGUCACUACGUUCUGGUGCAAAGGACUGGUGCACAGGUUCGAAGAUCCAACAGCGCUCCCCCUUCCAACAACGAGAACAUGGUGGGGGUUGGAGGGAGGGGUCGGCCGGCCAGUGUAGGGGAGGGUGGUGGAGGUGACUCACCGACGCCGGGAUGUUACCCCAACAAACACUCGGUACGCUCAGCCGACUGUCAUUGCAGCCUCAAGGCGAUGAUUGCGUGCAAGAAGUGUGGUGCAUUUUGUCACGACGACUGCAUCGACCCAUCGCGCGUUUGUGUUACUUGUCUCAUCCGAUGAGUCUGUAAUCUAAAGUACUUUUCAAAAGCUUUUCUGUAAAUAUGUUGUUUAAGUUUUGUAGUUUUGUUACUCGUAGACCCUCUCUUAACCGACCCUGGAUCUACCAACAUUGCCGGGUAAAAAUUUAAAACUAGUUGGAUUAAUCUCUGACUAUUAAUAAAUAAAUAAAUAUAAAUAAUAUAAAUGCAGACUAAAUUGUAUAUUAGAUGAGUUGGGUGUAUUAUAAAAUGUAAUAACUCUCAGACAUUCUAGCUCUUCUAGAAAUACUAGCAUUUUCAUACCUGAUCAGUCUGUCAUUUACACAUGCAGCUUUAUAUUUAAUUAGAUCUAGUAAAAUUGUUUGAUCUCGUGUAUAUGUUUAAGUUUUUUUUUUAUAACUUCUAUUUUCACGUGUCAAAAGUGCAGUACUCUAUAGUAUAGUCAAGUGGGGAGUGAGCUGGUCUAGUGGUUAGAGCGUGGUACUUUGGUCCUGAGGUCCCAGGUUCAAAUCCAGCCAUAUCACAAAUGGAUUUGAUCUAAGUGAUAAUGCUGCAACCCCUAGGUCUAGCCUGAAGUAAUGUGUAAAACAAUCCUGGGCUUGUGUCUAGCGUCUUUGGGAAAAAAAGUACUAUAGUAUAGAAGAGACGUCUUUCUGCAUUACUGUAAAUUAUAACAGUUACAUCACCAACACAUGGUUUUCCAUACUUAGAACAGCACAGUAUAUUUUAUAAGAAAAAAAUCUAAAAGUUGAUGUAUGUAGCUGAGUUGUUUAUUUGUUUGUAGCCUACAGCAUUUUAUUUGUUUACAUAGUUUCCCGUUAUUUCAACCUUUUAGUUUAUCCCUAGGUCCAGUCCUGCAAGGGCCGGUCGGUUAAGAGCUGGUGUACUUUUAUUGGCAGCUUGAGUGAGAUGUUUAUAGAUUUUAGUUUUUUAAAUUUUUAUAUAGAUAUACCUUAUUUUAUUUAAAAACUUUCUUUGUGGAGUUAUUUUUGUUUUAAGCUGAAAAUACUAUUUUAUUUAUUUGUAUGUUUCACUUUGCCUUUAGUGUCACCAAUAAGACGCUCCAGUUCUCAGGUAUACCUUCAUGUCGGAUGUAGACAAUGUUUGUUACUGUAUUGUAAAAAUCAACUUUCCACGAUUGUUUGUAUUCUCCAGUUAUUCUUCUUUCCCUGUCGUUAACAUUUAAGAGGCUGUGGCAUCCAAGGCGGUAAAUUUCUUAUGCAGUAUGUAGUCGUAGGAUUUUUUACUCUGCAAUGGACAGGACGGAUUUCACAUAGAUUUGGACAGUAAAUGUAAACUUGCAAAUGUUUUUAGGCUGCUAUCAAUCUGUUUGAAUAAUUUUCUCAUACUGUAAUAAUUAUGCAUCAGUCAAUGUGGUUUGUAAUUUAAUUGUCAAAUUGAAAAACAAACUCAAAUUAAAUUUUCUAAUUAUGUAGUAUUAGAAAUGUUCUGCCACUGUUGUAUUGUUAAGACUGCAGCUUAAAAAGGAGUUUGCAACAUUUUAUUUUUUAUUAAGUUAUUGUACUGUAUUGCAUGUUUUUGUUUACCUCAAACAUUUUAAAAUUAUGACUUAUAACUUUUAAAGUGUCAUAAACCAGAAAAGUUUAUUUUAUUUUAAACUUUAAUAUUUUAAUUUUUAUAUUUGUUUUAUAAAGCAACUCUUAAAGGGUGAUUAAUCUUAAAGGGAUUAAACUAGAUAUUAACUAGAUUUUGAGUUAAUUUGUUUUUUAAAUAAUUAAACCACCCUAAACAGUCAAAGGUUUAAUUAUUCCGUUUACAAAUAUAUUUACUCUCUGCAAAUAUUUUAAUUGGUAACUACAAAUGUAAGUUACUCCUUUCAUGUUCAGACGUGAAGAUUUCAGCUCAGCUGACUCCGCCUAACUCUUAAACUGUCCUAGCGUGACAAAAAAUAACAUUAAAAUGUAUAAUCUCAAACCUGUCAUUUCUUUUAAUCACAUGUUCUACGUACGGUCGUAGAAAAAAACUUUAAACAUUAAUUUAUCCUAGUUUUUAAUUCAAAUUUUCAUUCAGAACUUGACUCAACCCAGGUGUCUUUGCUAUUUAGUGGUAGAAAGAACAUGAUUAGUUCUUGCACUGUGUCCAGCUGCUUUUGUAGUCUACUUAAGUUUUAUUGUAUUUGUUUUAUUGUGAGAUGGCACCUAUUACCUACUAGUAAGAGUGUAAAUGUUAACUAAAAAUUGAAAUGUAAUUGAUUCCAAACUGUUUAUUUAUUUUUGUAGCAAAUUUAUGAAUUUAUAUUUAUUGUAUUCUAGCUGUAUCCUUGUUAGUGGUAUUACUAAUUGGCAAAGAUUACUUUAUUUAGGGAUGGACGGGUCCCAAAAUUUCAGGGAAAAAUAUUCUUGAUCAUUGGGACAGGAUUAGAUUUGUAUCAAGAUUUUCUUGGUACGGGAAUUGGUUCAAUUGUCAGCAAUUUUGCCGCUUCAGGAGUGACAAUGAUGCCGUUUUUUCGAUCACGGAGAUAUCGCCAUUACAGACGAUGAUUAUGUCUCCGCGAUUUCGAUAGUAGUUUGUAGAGUUUAAAAAAUGAAAUAGUUUAGUAUAUUGAAGCGUUGUUGUAUGCCCAACGGUUACGGAGAUAAUUUAAAAAAUUGUAAAUUUAAAAUUCCUAUGUUAUUCUAAUGGAGAAUAAACAAACUGUUGAAGUUUGUUUGUUUAUGGAUAUAUUUAAACCAAAUUUGGAAAUUUUGUUUAUUUAAUACUAAGCUAUGGACAUUGCAAUAAAAAAAAAACACCUCAAUAUCUUCCCUGUAUCAAGUCGAGAACUUAAAUCGAUCGAGAGCUGCAAAACCAUUUCGGUUCGUGGUACGAACGCUAUUUUUCACCACACUAUACCCUAUUACCACUAUUCACCACUAUAAUAAUGCACACUGAUAGUCAACACAACUACAACUUUAAGGUUAUGUGAAGAAAUAAUUUGAGGAAUCAGCAAAACUAAACAAAAAUAGUUGCUAGGCAACGGUGACAAUAUACAAUUCUAUUGCAAUGCUAUGGAUUUUGAUUGUGUAUUUAAAAUGCAUUCAUGUUUUAAGUAAGUAAGCGUUGAUUUUGCCGCCCCGGGCUGUAAAAACCUGCUCGGGCCCCAAAUUACGAUGACAGCUGGCAUGGCCAGCAAAACGUAACUUUCAGCCACUAAUUAACUUAUGAAAUACAGCCAAAAACAUCAUAGUGUGGUGAAAAAGCCCUUUUUGCAUGUAGGAAAAACCCCCAUCCCAUCCCAUCCCAAAAAUUGAAAGGAAAUAAAAAUCCCGUAUGGAACUCAAAAUUCAAUCCCGUCCAUCCCUACAUAGUAUGUUAAUGAUUACUAAGAUAUUUAUAGGUUAUUUUUUACUUGUAUAAUGUUGGACUGUUUCACAGUAAUAUUUUUCACGGCAUAAGAGUAAACUAUAUUUAAGGCAAUUUUGGUCGAUAAAUGGUCUAAUUUUUAUUGUAAAAACACACAGUACAUGGCGGCGUGUCGUGACGCUUAAACCAAGUAUGUACUUUCUAAUAAGGAACACACAAGAGUGGGGCACGAUGAGGCGCGUCUCCAUUUGAACCAGUUGAGUUUGAUUUUUUGGAGCGGCAACACACAUUUUUCGUGAAGUUCUAGUGAUGGAUAGCCUUGCCAAGCCUUAUUAACAAAGUUUAUUUCCUACAGUUACCUGACAAAGUGGGCUUACUUGCACCGAUUAUACCAUGCAAGUAGCUAAUUGAUGCAUUUACUUACUUUUGCCGCACACCAGUAUUCCAACUAAACAACACAAAAUUAAAAUAGUGUACUUUUUUUGUAUUGGGAACGUAAUACGUGUACGUUUGAAAAUUAAGUUAGCAACACUUAAUGAUACUACGAUCAGCUGGUGCAGCGUUUCUCAUUUUGUUCCAACACUUGGAUUUAACCUAAUCUAAAAACAUGUUGUAUAGUGUUUAAAAGACUAAUUAUUUUUAAGCUUAAUAGUAACUUAAGGAAAAAUAUAAUAAUGACACAUGAGUGCAAAAGUGCCUUUGCUGCACUCGAGAAACUUUCCAAUCUCGCCUGCGGCACGUGCGUAAUCAUUUCUCUCGUGUGCAGCAAAGUGCCACUUUGCACACUAGUUACACAAUAGUUAUUUGUGUAACUAGUGAGCAAAGUGGCACUUUGCUGCACACGAGGGCAGAUCUCAAGUGCAGCAAAGGCCUUUUGCACUCGUGUUACACGUUAUAUUUUUCCUACAGUCACUAUAAAGCAUAUAAAUAAUUAGUCUUUCAAACACUAUACAACACGUUUUUAGGUUCAGCUGGCAACACAAAUGGUGCCCUAGAGAAAGUAGUACCCGCGGUCCGUAUCACUCCGCUAUUUUUCCUCGGCAAGAAAUGUGCUCCGCGUUUUGAGAAUAUAGUUCCGUAUGUUUUUGUAAUUUGAAGUGGUUUCCGCGCCUAAAAAAAAUGCUUUAAAUGUAUUUUCUUGUUUAUUAAGAUCGUAGGAAUGUCUUAAAAACGUUUAAAAGAAAAGUCCAGAAAGUUCAGAAAUACCGAAACUAUAAACACGAAAUGACAGGUUAAAUCGUAGUUAUAAUAGUAAAUCAGCUGCUCAUAGUAUUAUUAUCUUUAAGUGUUGCCAACCUAUUUCCAAGCGUACACGGAUUACGUGCAUAAUAGAACCACGCUGUUUUGUGUUGUUUUGUUGGAAUCCUGAUGUGCGGCAAAGUAUUAACCGUACGACAAAGUACAAACCGUACGGCAAAGUAUAAAUAUGCAGCAAUUAGCAGCUUUCUGUACUAUAAACAGUACAAGGAAGCCAACUUUGUCGGGUGACUGUAGGAAAAUAACUAUUGUAGGCCUGCACUGUGGCAGGCAAAGCAUUAACACUACAAGAGCAGAGGUAUUUUAGACAAGCUGUGGGAUGAGAUGGCAAUGGCACUUAGUGAAUCAAGUAAAAGUGUUAGAUAAUAAUAUUUAAAGGCAAAGAUAUGAAACAUUUUUCAACAGUUAUCAAUAUAUUUUUUAAUAUCCUGUCCAAGACAAUUUAAUUUAAUAGUUUGAAAUGUAGUGACAUUUAUUUAACAAUUGUGUCAAAAUCCAUUACGUUUACCUAAUAGUCUAAAUUGUUCUUAACAUUAAAAAAAUGUUAUGUUGUCAAUGAAUUUAUAAACACAUUGCUUAGAUUCCGUAUUCAUACAAACCGAUUCAUUCACAAUUUGUGGUAAUUGUACGGGAAAGAGAGAUAAAGAGACGUACCACGUCACGUUCUGUGGGCACGGUUUGACGGUUGUCAACGUGCCACACGCCGUUCUGUGUGUUUUUACCCUUACAAAGAUUGGUAGCUGGCUAAUGACUUAAAAAUAUAAGUCUUAAUAGAAACAAAAACUAGUUUUCCUACAGUCAACCGACAAAAUGGGCUUCCUUGCACAGAUUAUAGUACAGAAAGCCUUACUUUGGCGCACACCAUUCCAACCAACCAACACAAAACCUUUUAUUAUGCACGUAAUCCGUUUACACCUGAAAAUAAGAUGUCGACACUUAAAGAUAUUAGAAUACAAUCAGCUAAUGCAGCGUUUCCCAUUUUGUUCAAAGUUUGGAAUUAACCUAACCUAAAAACGUGUUGUACAGUGUUUGAAAGACUAAUUAUUUAUAUGAUUUACAGUAACUGUAGGAAAAAUAUAAUGUGUAACACGAGUGCAAUCUGCCUUUGCUGCACUCAAGGAACUUUCCACACUUGCCUACGGCUCGUGCGUAAACAUAAUUCUCUUGUGUGCAGCAAAGUGCCACUUUGCCUACUAGUUACACAAAUAACUACUUUGUACCUAUGAAGGACAAGCUUUACAAAUAAGUUUUUAAUCAAACUAACAGGUUGCAGCUGAUGUUUAUUACUACCUAGUUGAACAACAAAUCACUCAUACUAGUUUUAUGUGAAACUCAAUACAUCUUUUCUUUGAGGAUGACCAAAGCGUCUAAGGACAUAGUUAUUUGGGUGAAUACCAAAUUAUUAGUAAAUGCAAAAUAACCCAGUAAAUACAAUAUAAAUAAUUUACACUACCAUACUUAAAAACUUAAGUUUGUUUUUUGUGUGUUUGAUAGCAUUUUCAAUAUUGUUUGAUGGUCCUGACCUAACUUCUGUUCCUAACUAAUAUUUUAAAACAUCAACCUGGGGCCCAUUUCAUAAUAAAGUACAAACUAAUAUUAUUAGUAAAUCAGCUGAUCGCCUAUGCAAAUCUAAUGGAAAUUACAAGUUACAAGUUGUAACUUGUAGUUUAUUAUGAAAUGGGCCCCAGUUGAAAAUAUUAAAUUACAAUAAAGUUGAAUGAUACAAUAGUUUAGUUAACUAGUUAUUAGGGGAUCAGAGAAGACAAUUUUAUUAUUUAAGUGUAACACAAUAUUUUUAAAUUGCCUCGGGAAUUUACUUGCAGUUUUUAAACUUGCAGUUGUAUGCCUAUUUUCCUUUUCUUUUGUAUAAUUUUGUCGCAAAGCUUUAAUUGUUUAUGAUUGAAUGUUUUAAUUUCAAGCAUGUGUUAAAUUAAUCAUGCCUGACAAACACAAAGUCUGAACCUUUGAUAUUGGUGUUCGCUGUACAUUCGUAGUAGGCCUAUUGCAUGUGUAGAAUCUCGUUGUAAAUAGUCAAUGUAAAUGUGUAUAGUGUUUGUGUAUAUGAAUCGCUUACUACCUUCCUAUACUGAAAUGCAAUUAAUUAUUGUUUUAUUAAGACAUUAAGAUUGUAUUAUACAUUUUUAUAUUGUAAAUAGUUUAUUUGUCAUUGUGUAUUUUCCUUAUUGCAUCACUACUGAUUGGUUGUAUAUUUUAUAAAUAAUAUUGUCUUGUCCAUUGAAAGUAAUAAUUUCUACAUGUAAUUCUUAAGUUUUCAAGUGAAUUGUUAAAGAACAGCAUUCAUGGUUAAUAAACAUUAUUUAU